CUUUUGACCUCCCGCCAGCGCACUCAUUGAUCAGCUGAUCAAAUUGACGCUCUUCGCUCAGAGGAAACUUUGGACUUCGCAUUGAGAUAUUGAAUGUAUUCCAAGAGGCGUUAAAUGAAAAAAAGAAAACAGUAUUUUUGAUGAUGAAUACAUCUUGGAAAGGUUGUCACUUGUUUCCCAGAAAUGUUUGGUCCAUUGCCACACACUAUUCGACCACUCCAGAAAUGCCGGCUUGCGAGUACCAACCUAAAAAAUACAUGGGCCCCGGCUACGAGCGGGUGUGGAGGAUCCGCAGCGACCACCUGUUCAAGAACGCCCCGCCGUACUACAAGAGACCUCUGCUGAUCCACGACGGCUACAUGCAGUGGCUGUUCGACCACCGCGGCCGGCGCUACCUCGACAUGUUUGGGGGCAUCGUCACUGUCAGCGUGGGCCACUGCCACCCGAAGGUCGUCGAGGCUGCAGCGGAGCAGAUGAAGUCACUCUGGCACACCACCAACAUCUACCUGCACCCCAAACUGUACGAAUAUGCCGAGAAACUGACCAGCAAGCUGCCCAGGAAGCUCAAGGUGGCGUACUUCGUGAACAGUGGCUCGGAGGCGAACGACGUCGCGAUGUUGCUGGCGAGGCUUCACACGGGCAGCCAUGAUGUCAUCUCCUUCUGCAACGCCUACCACGGCAUGACACUGGGUGCCAUGGGGCUCACGGCCAUGUGCACGUGGAAGCACGCCGUCCCCUCCGCGCUGGGGGUGCACCACGCGAUGAACCCGGACGUGUACCGCGGUGUCUGGGGCGGUGCGCGCUGCCGGGACUCUCCCGUCCAGACGGAGCGGGAGUGCGCCUGUGCUCCCGGGGCAUGUGAGGCCGGCGACCAGUACUACGGCCAGCUGGAGGAGCUGUUCAAGUACUCGCUCCCUCGCGGGCGGGUCGCGGGGCUCUUCGCAGAGUCCAUCCAGGGUAUUGGUGGCACUGUGCAGUUCCCGAAGGGAUUCCUGAAGAAAGCUUACGAGUUGGUGAAAAGCAACGGUGGUGUUUACAUUGCAGAUGAGGUACAGACGGGGUUCGGACGGACGGGUGAACACUUCUGGGGCUUCGAGAUGCACGGCGUGGAACCGGACAUCGUGACCAUGGCCAAGGGCAUGGGCAAUGGCUUCCCCAUGGCCGCGGUCAUCACUACGCCCGAGAUCGCCAGCAAGGCAGAGCAGGCGCUGCACUUCAGUACGUUCGGCGGCAACCCUGUGGCGUCUGCCGUGGGGCUGGCCGUGUUGCAGGUUAUAGAGGAGGAGGAGACGCAGCAGAGGAGCCACGAGGUGGGCACGCACCUGCUCCGGCGUCUGGCGGACCUGCGGGACCGGUACCAGUGCGUGGGUGACGUGCGAGGCAAGGGCCUCAUGGCGGGCGUGGAGCUGGUGGAGGACAGGCGCAGCAGGCGCCCGCUGCCUGCCAAGAGCUUCGUCGACGUCUGGGAGGACUGCAAGGACAUGGGGCUGCUGCUGGGGCGAGGCGGCCUCUCCGGCAACGUGUUCCGGAUCAAGCCUCCCAUGUGUGUCACGAAGGAAGAUGCAGACUUUACCGUCGCUGUGCUGGAGACGGCCUUCCAGAAACUCACUGAGAAACGAGAGCGGUCGCUCCCUUAACCCUGACAGCACAUUCUGUCCCAAUCACUGUUUGUGUUCAUGUCAUAAUUGUAAUGGAGGAUGUUGGUACUGGAGAAAACAUACUGUGAAACAUAUUUAAUCAGUUUCCAAAAUGUGUUCCACUUAUAAGCAUAUGGAAUUAUGCAUUUAGUGUACAAUCAUAUGAGUGAUUUCAAUAUUUUGUUGAGUUUCACUGGUAAGUGAAAACAAAUUUUUUAUAGUCAUUUUAUAAAUGCUUUAAAAGGGUUUUAUUGUAGAAGGUACUUUCAAGAAAGUGUACAUCUGCAGUUGGAAGUGCACCUAUCCCUCACUUAGCACGACUAAUUAUUUCCUAAAAAUGCUCGUGUUAUUCGAAAUCGCGUAUUCUGAAGCAUUAGUUUCCAUAAGUAGCAAGGCUUAUUUAAUUAAAGUGUUCCAAAAUUGUCUAGGAAAAUAUACUUCACAUAAUAUAAAUGCAUUAGAAUAACACUCAACGAUAAAUAUGUCACACCAUUAAUCUUUAUAUGCCUCCUAUCGCACUUUGUAUGACAAAUACGACACUGCGUAAUGCGAGAUACGUGGUUAUGUACUUUAUCGUCACUCGACUGGCUGACUUGCCUGUCAACUCACGUUGCGUAUCUUUCCAAACCAUUCUUUACUGACAGUGAAACCGAUAUUACUGUCCGGAUACUUACAUUUUAAUUAUUCAAAAAUUAAAGUGCUUAUCAUGUCUUAUCGCAUAAUCGUCGCACAAUUUAUAAUACGAUCAAGUUACAAAAGUAGGGAUGAGAAUUUUAUGCAAAAGAAAAUUGUUGAUAGGUAAAUUUAUUCAUAAAAAAUAACCCAUUCAUGGAAAGUACAUUUAUUUAAAAAGUAGAGUAUAAAAAAAGCACGCCGCCAAACAAUUUAAAUGAAUAAAUCAUGCAACAAAAACCUUUCUUCAACUUUAAAUAGAAAAUCAAAAUCUGUGACCCAAAUGCGAGCCUGAACUAACAUAUAACUAUUGUCGUAAUACAUACCACGAAAUAGUGAGGGCUAUCAAAUGUAGUAAACUCGGCACAAGACAGAGAGCGCACGUUGCAUGCAAUCGGCGAGAUAUCAAUAUCGAUAUUCGACUAUGUGUGCGCGCUCUAUACGGGAAGCAACAUAGCCAAACAUGAAUGAUGCCAACUAGCGCUGGCUACAUUUUUAUAAAUGGUACACCGCGGCGACGCAGACAGAUAAAUGUUAUAACGUUUAAAAAGUCUUUAAAAUAAAAUUGUGCGCACAGUUGACUUGCUUAAAACUAAAGUGCGACCAACAUAAGCGUGGCCUUCAUGUCAAACUGUGCGCCAUAAUACUUCUAUUUUUGUCUCAAAUACUUGAACACAGUGCAUUAUGAUAAUGAGUGAUCAAGUAUGUACAGCUACCGGCAUCUGAAUGGGGCAGAGGCUGCUUUUGUUUGUGUGAAUUCCCUGCUACUGGCUAGACUGAGUUCACGGCCCGGUCUGUGGCCAGGCGACAACGGUACAGCACGGCGGCAUAUGCGCGGACGGAAAAAAAUUUGGUCCUUUACACUUCAUAGUCGCGAUUUAACUUGCCAUAGCUUAUGUUUGUACAACAGCCGAUAGCGUAGUCAGACCUGCGCGUGCAUCUCUUCCCCCCUUGUUUGACUAACUGUAUCCCACGGAACAUCUGUUGUUUACAAAAGUUGAUACAGACUUCGUGGCGUCGUGCCCUACUUUUUUUUUUGCCUGGGGAGAUUUCGCGCUAACUGAAAUUUACAGACGUGCUAUUCAAGACUGGGGCAAUAAAAUUAACAUUGCGUUAAAUGAAUCCGUGCAAUCUGAAGACGUGCUAAGUGAGGGAUUGGUGUACCUGCAUUUGACUACUAUAUAUAACAGCUUGUUUAAAGUUUUUGGGAGAUAUACAUAUGAGAUAUUUUAUAUUACUAACAAAAAGUUUAUAAUUAUAAUAUACCUGGCCUAGUCAGUGUAUAUCUAGUCCAUACAAUGUUAAAUGCGAAAACCUAACCCAUAGGUUUACCUCUGUUUACUCUUGACAUGUUGAAUUAACUAUUUAGUUUCCAAACUACAUAGUAUAUUUUCUUACAAAUUUUGAAAGAGCAACAUGAUAAAAAAAAGUUUUUAUGUUGCAUCUAUUGCUAAUUAACUAAUUUUCAUCUUCAUUGUGAAUAAAAUACUUCUAUUUAAUUUUAUCACUACAUUAUUUGGUCAAUAUUUUCUAAGAUCUCAUCAAACAAAUAAACUGCUUCUACUUGAGGAGUUUUUUCAUAAGUUUAAGUAACUAAACUUUAACCUGGUAAGGUUUUUGUAAGUGCCUAUAGGCCUACUUGCAAGAUAAAGACUAUAAUCCUGCUGUAACACCAUCUUGACUACACAUGGUCUUUUGUGACAAUGACUGUCCAGUGAAUCUCUAUAAUUCAAGUAUGAAUUGUACAGCAGGUAUACUAGAACAAAAAAAAAGUUUUUACACUGUCAUUUCAAAUGGAAUACUUACUAUAAAUGCAUUGCUAGAUGUGGUAACGAACAUAAAUGUACAGGAGCAUGUAAACAAAGUAAAAAUCUGUUACAGUAAUUGAUGAAGUUAUAGAUUAAUUGGGCAUGUUUUAUAAUACACGCAGGUUUCAAUGAAGUCAAGACAAGGAAGUAGGAUGCUAGUUACAUAGAUAAUUUGACAGGACUUGUCUGGGGUCAGAUGACUGAGUAGCGAUCACGAACACUAGUUAAGGUCUCCGCCUACCCCAGAACACAUACAGUGUGCAGAGCUUCGGGAAAUACCACACAAUUUUUAAAAACUGUUCAAAAUAUCAGAGUGGGGGUCUGUUUACGAAAAGCAUUAAGGAUAAUGCUGAGGGCAAAAGAGUAGUUCUGUUUCUGUAUUUUGUUUUUAAACUGUAUUUUAAGAAUAGUUAAAAUUGUUAAGCGCUUGUUUUCAGAAUAAUUUUUAGACAUGAAACACACGGUACAGAUUCUUGAAAGCACUCGAGGAACUUGUAUUACACCUUUAUCUUCAUUUCUCUGUCAUAUAAUGUUAUAGUUACCAAUCAAAUCUCAUAUUUGUCCAAUGUACGACGAGAAGACUGCACGCCAGUCCUCAGCCUUGCUCUUAGAGGCGACACCGUGCUAGAAGCAAGCACCAGUAAGCGUCGCACUUAACACGCCUCACUAACACAAAUACAUCCCUGACUAGGCAGGCCACUUAAAAAAAAAAAGCAAUUGCACAUUAAAUUUUAUAAAUUACAUUCAGAUAUUCAGGUUCAAAAAAAAAAUCUUUUUAUAAUUUUUUACUGAUUCGAUACUGGAAGGGCACAUAGACACACCAAAAUAUGGUGCUUUUAACUUCCACAUUGAAAGUGUUUUCAAACUUAGCAACGGAACACAAUUAUUUUGACCUCUCAGUAAUGCUUUAAAUUUUAAAUACAGCAAUAUUUUGCAGUGGAACUUUUCGACCUUAAUAUAAUAUUUAUGACAUCAAUAAAUCUUUAUUUUGUAUGUGUGAUCACUUCAUAACAGAAUAAAAUAGUUUUGAAAAUAAGGUUUGGGGACAAUGUUAACAUACAGUAACUUAUAAAAUGGGAAAAUUUAUACUUGAAAGUUAAUUUUUACAACCUACCUCAUGUGCUAAAAACUUUCUUUUUGUGACUGAAAAUGUACCUAAUAGCAAAAGAAAAUAUGACAAGAGAAAAGCAGCAUGUGCAGUUGGAGAAUGCUUGAAAAAUAUUCUUGCAUCCAGGCAAUCUUACCCUUUUAGAUGAAGUCAUAUUGUCAUGAUAUAUUGUUAUAUAUUUUUAUGAAAACUAAUGUAUAAUGUUUUAUUUUUUACAAAUGUGAUUGCACAGGGCAAGCAUGAAUUAAUUUUCUAAGAUAAUGGAAAUUAAGUGUCUUAUUGAUAGAAAGCUGAUUAUUUAUAUAAAAUAAAUAAACACUACAAAAAUCAAGGUCAUAUGUUGAUUUGUGUGUGGAUAAUCAGUUUAAAACCGUAUCAAAAAAUUCAAGCUAUGAUAAACUUAAAAGAUUGAUAUAAUCUAAUUAUUUCUCAUCUGAUCUUAACAUGCUUGCCUUUGAGCAUACAAUGUUUCAAGUGGAUUAUAUAUGUUUACAAUCAAAACACAAAGAUUUGUAUAUUUUAUAAACUUUAUAUAUAUUUCAAUAAAUAUAACAAAGCUAUUUA